AUGGUUCACAAUACACGUUGGGGUAUCCUGGCUACCGGAGGUAUCGCCAAGGCAUUCGUAAAAGACCUCCUCAAGAACCCCCAAACCCGCAAUGCCUCCGACAUCACCCACACCGUCACAGCAGUCGCCAGUUCUUCCUCUUCCAGCCGCGCACAGGAAUUCAUCACUGACCUCUCCCUCCCCGGAAUGCCAAAGGCCUACGGCUCCUACGAGGAAUUGGUCAAUGACCCCAAUGUAGACGUAAUCUACAUCGCAACACCGCAUUCGCAUCACUAUCAAAACGCACGCCUGGCGCUGGAAGCUGGGAAACAUGUCCUGUGCGAAAAGGCGUUUACCGUUAACGCCGCCCAAGCAAAGAUUCUAGUUGAUAUUGCUCGGAAGAAAAAUCUAUUUUUGAUGGAGGCUGUAUGGACGAGGUUUUUCCCCCUGAGUGUGCAAGUUCGUGAUAUCAUUCGAAAAGGGGGGGAGAUUGGGGAGGUGGUUAGAGUACUUGCGGACUUGAGUAUUGCGAAUGCCGAUGGGUUUGAUGUUAGUAGUCGGAUGGUAAAUUUGGAUCUUGCAGGGGGUGCGUUACUUGAUUUGGGAAUCUACUCCCUAACAUGGGUCUUUCAAACGCUCUAUCACACUCUACCACCGUCCCAACGCAAACCACCCUCUACAAUCCAAUCGUCAAUGACAAAAUACCCAGCCACAGGCGCAGAUGAGGAUACCACUAUCCUCCUAACCUUCCCUACAACAACACCAGCAGAUGAUAGACGCGCAUCACACGGUAUAGCCACAACAGCUUUUGCGGUUCAUUCCCAUCCCAGGGGCACACCAUCAAUCCGUAUCCAGGGGACAAAGGGUGAGAUUCAGAUUUUCGGUCCUGCUUUUCGGCCGGUGAAGUAUCGUGUUGUUCCGGUAGAUGAGAAGAAAGAAAUUCGGGAGUGGGAGUGUGAGUUUCCGGAUGGAGGACAUGGGAUGUAUUGGGAAGCGGAUGAAGUGGCGCGGUGCCUGAGAGAUGGCAAGUUGGAGAGUGAGAGGAUGCCGUGGGAGGAGAGUAUUGUGAUUAUGGAGGUUAUGGAUGAGGUGAGGAGGCAGAAUGGGUUGGUUUAUCCGGAGAAGAUUGAGAGUGUUGAAUAUCCUGUUGCGUUGUAA